AUGCAGCUGGUUUGCCGCGAGGCAGACUGCCCCCGGAGGGCCCACGAGGACCCCAACCUGUUAAACGAGCGGGUUGUGGGAGCGCUGCUGCGCGCAGAAGACAACUACGCGCCGGCUGCGGACUACUUCACCCGGGUCCAACAAGAGAUUGGUCCUCUCAUGAGGAGGACGGUCUCGACCUGGAUGUUGGAGGUUUGUGAAGAGCGGAGGUGUGAGGAGGAGGUCUUCCUGCUUGCUGUGAACUACUUGGACAGGUUCCUGUCUGUGGAGCCGACCAAGAAAAGCCACCUCCAGCUGCUGGGAGCUGCCUGUGUGUUCCUGGCCUCCAAGAUAAAGGAAAGCACACCGCUUACCACUGACCAGCUCUGUUAUUAUACAGACAGCUCCAUUACCCCGGCUCAGCUACUGCAAAUGGAGCUGCUGGUUUUGAACAGACUGAAGUGGGACCUGUCCUCCGUGACCCCUCUUGCCUUCAUUGACCACUUCCUGUGUCAGCUGCCACACAAGAGAGAGAGCAGACCGACACUCAGAAAGCAUGUUCACACCUUUGUGGCACUGUGCGCUACAGAUGUUAAAUUCAUAGCCGGGCCUCCAUCCAUGGUUGCAGCAGGCAGUGUGAUAGCAGCUAUGGAAGGUUUGCACAUUAUGAUUAUGGGUAAUGUGAUUACAUCGCAGACCGUGACUCAGCAGCUGGCACGGAUCAUCAGAACUGACGUGAGCUGUAUAAGAGCAUGUCAGCAGCAAAUUGAGCUGCUGUUGGAGACCAGCCUUCGACAGGUUCAGCAAUGCCAACAGCCAUGCUCAGUUACCACGGAAACCAAAAGGACAAGCGAGAAGAAGGGGCAUGACCUCCCCACACCCACCCACACCUGUGGCAUCAACAUCUAAUUCGAUGCUGACUGCCGGCUGCAGAGACGCACGGCCACAGUUCAAGGGGUGAAAAGAGAUUUUCGAUAUGGUGUUCUGGAGACUUCAGGUGGCAACAGUCAUUAGAAAGAGAUGCUGGGGGCAAAGCCAUACAGCGGUGUUGUAAUUUAAGACAUGGUUAGGUAGGUGUGAUGGACUGACUGACAGCUACCAUCUCUGAUCACCAUAACUUCACACUGGCAUUUCCCCUAAUAUAUACUCAUCCACUAACUAAAUGUUCACGUAUAUUUGUGUUUUUGUUUGAUUGGGGUUUUUUUUUACUUGCCCAUUUGGAUUGCCUCCUCUGUCCUAUUUGAAGAUGUAUUAAGUUGCAACAAUAUAUUUGCAUAGGUUUAAGAUGUUUGUAAGCUUUGGUAAAAUUGUAGCACCUCUACUGCUAAAGUUAAUGACACAUAAAUGGUAAUAUUUAACAUAAUGGCUUUUAUCUGUUUUGUGCCUGGUUGUGGGCUGGGAGCUGAUGGACGGUGUGUGUUGUUGUGGAUGAACUUGGAUUUGUAGAGUGUAAAUAACUUGAAUGUAGUGUGAAAGAAAAGA